AUGGAGAACAAUAACCUGCAUAUCUCUGGAAAAAAGGCAAGGGCACGACGAUCGCUUAUUAUGAAAGAAAACCGUUCUAAACGUCAGAGACAGAAUUGCAACCAACCUGAUUCAAUCAACGAUACGUUCUAUUCUCCUAAUUGCUUCACAACGAGACGACCUUUGUCUGAAAUCACUCCCUUGGCUCAGAAUCAAAAGACUAUCGCACAGAUUGUCGAAGAAGGUAUUAGGCUGAGUGCGCGUAUGCAGAAUUCAGAACCGAGUUUAACCAGACAUGUGUUUCGAAAUAACAUGAAGUCAUCCCAUUUAGAUUCCUUGGGAACAAAUUUAAUGUCUAAGUUUUCUACUGAUUGUACAAAUGAGAAUGGUGUGCCUACUACAAUUGAGAAUGCCCAACAUGGGGUGACUUUUUCAACGAACCAAUUCUAUGAUCCUGGAAGUUCUUCCAAGAGUCCCAUAUAUACCGAAAAGAAAAAACCGGUUCGUGGCAGGCCUAAGAAGCAACUGGGAGUACCAAGCCUUGCCAUGAAUUUGAAUAGUAAUCCCCCUACUGAAUUUGUAAACGUAUCUGUAGCACAACAGCCAACGAGCAGUGUUGGCAGUAGAAAAAACAACCGUCCUCAACAAAGGCCAAUGAAACAGCCACAUAAUGUAUCUGAUCAAGCAUCACCAAAGUCACCCCCCAGAGGCAUAACACCUGAAAUAAAAGAGCCAGCAUGUCCUGUUUUUACCCCUGCAGUCAACUUGGAUUUUAACAGCGGCUCGGACGAAGAUAGCGAUUAUGACCCUUUUGCGACUUAUUUAUCCGAUGAGGACUUCUGUUCCGAACCUGAAGAUAACGAGGCACCUUUUACAAUUCACGACAACUACACCCGUUCUUCUGAAGCUUAUUACGACAUAGGGGACCCACUCAUUGAAUGUCGUUAUUGUAAAUCCAUGAUGUGGUAUCAAGAACGGAUGAAUAAAAGUUCCCAUUCUGCUAAUCCGAAGUUUAUGCUGUGUUGUUGCAAUGGGAAAGUUGAAAUACCACUACUAAAACAACCUCCAGAAGUUCUUGCAAAAUUGAUGUUCAACCAAGAUAACGUAGUCAGCAGAAAGUUUCAAAAACAUAUUAGAGUUUACAAUAUGAUGUUCGCCUUUACAUCGCCAGGUGCAAAGUUGGACAAUCGUUUUAACAAUGGAGGUGGACCACCAACUUUACGGAUACAAGGUCAAACAUGCCAUCGAAUUGGAAGUUUGUUACCUUCUCGAGGAGACACACCCAAGUUUGCACAAUUAUAUAUUUAUGACACAGAAAAUGAGGUCCAGAAUCGAAUGAAGUGUCUAAGGACUGCCAAGAACAUUGAUCCCGAAGUUGUACAACAACUAUCUACAAUGAUGUAUGAACACAACACUCAUGCCAAGAGCUUUAAAAUGGCGAAACAAUGGUUCAAUGAAGCAGAUACUCAAAACCUGAAGUUGAGACUCAUAGCUGACAGAUCCACGGAUGGACGAGUGUAUAACCAACCGACAGUGUCUGAAGUUGCUGCCUUAGUUGUCGGUGAUAUUGACACAGCAGAAAUGAGGGAUAUAAUUAUGCAAUACCAAGGAGGCGGACUUAAGCGGAUCAACGAGCUCCAUGCAAGUUACAUGGCCUUCCAAUAUCCCUUGAUUUUUCCCUAUGGUGAGGACGGUUAUAGACCUAAUAUUGCCCAUAGAGACUUGCCGAUUUAUCAGAAUAGCUUACGAAAUAGGCUUACAAUAAGAGAAUGGCUCUCAUUUCGCAUUCAAACAAGGUUAGCUAAACCUAAGACUUUGUUAUCUUCACGAAGGUUGUUCCAACAAUUUCUUGUCGAUAGUUACACGAUGUUAGAAUCUGAAAAAUUAGAAUGGAUUCGCAAGAAUCAACCGAAACUUAGGGUGUCCAAGUAUAAUUCUCUUAAUGACGAGGGUGAACAAAGUCAAAUUGCAGGUUCUAGCAUCGGUAAAAGAGUGGUUUUGCCUUCGUCCUUUGUUGGCGGUCGUAGGUUUAUGGAUCAACUGUACUAUGAUGGCAUGGCUAUUUGUAGUAAGAUUGGUUUUCCGGAUUUGUUCAUAAAUUUCACUUGCAAUCCUAAUUGGCCGGAAAUUCAUAGAGUUCUUGGACCACUGCAUUUGAAACCACAAGAUCGACCGGAUAUCGUUUCAAGAAUAUUCAAAAUCAAGUUUGAUCAAUUGCUUGCGGAUUUGACAAAAAAUGGUGUAUUAGGCAAAGUACUCGCAUAUAUGUACACCAUCGAGUUUAAAAAGAGAGGAUUGCCACAUGCACAUAUACUACUCUUUCUGCAUCCGUCCAACAAGUAUCCACGACCAGAAGACAUUGACAGGAUCAUUAGUGCAGAAGUUCCUGAUCCCUUGCAACACCCCAGGCUGUACAAUUUGGUUAAGUCUCAUAUGGUUCAUGGUCCCUGUGGAUUGGCAAAUCAGAGGUCCAUUUGCAUGAAAGAUGGGAAGUGCUCGAAAUAUUACCCAAAAAAAUUCCAACCUAACACUAUAGUGGACCAUGAUGGGUAUCCAGUUUAUAGGAGAAGAAACAAUGGAAACACAAUUGAAAAAAAUGGGAUAAUCUUUCAUAGUGGACAUGUUGUACCGCACAACCCAAGUUUGUUGUUAAAGUACGAAGCACACAUCAACAUGGAAUGGUGCAAUCAAAGUACUUCUAUCAAGUACCUUUUCAAAUACAUCAACAAAGGUUCAGACAGAAUUUCUGCUGUUAUACAAGGCCAGUCCAAUGAUGCAACUUCGGGGAAAAACAAUGUUGACGAAGUUAAACAAUAUUUGGAUUGUCGAUACAUCUCCCCAAGUGAGGCAUGUUGGAGGAUAUUUGCAUAUUCCAUACACGGAAGAAAACCAGCAGUAGAGAGGAUGUAUUUUCACUUGGAGGGAGAACACUCUGUUUACUACAGAGAUCACGAGCAAGUUGGUGAUGUUCUGCUCAAACCAAGUGUUACCGAAUCAAUGUUUACAGCUUGGUUUGAGGCAAACAAUAGUUUUGAAGAGGCAAGGCUUUUAACUUAUGGUGACUUUGUUUCUAAAUUUGUUUAUCAUAAACGGAGUAGGAGUUGGAAGCCAAGGAAAAGAGGGUAUACCAUUGGUCGUCUUUGUUGGGUGCCUCAAUGCUCAGGUGAAUUGUUUUAUUUAAGAAUGAUGUUAACUGUUGUUAAAGGCCCUUUAUGUUAUAAUGACAUCAAGAAAGUUGAUGGUGUUCAACAUAAGACUUUUAGAAAGGCAUGUUUUGCUAUGGGUUUCCUUCAAGAUGAUCGAGAAUUUAUUGAGGCCAUCAAAGAGGCACAUGUUUGGGGUUCAGGUUUAUUCUUACGAAAGUUAUUUGUGACAAUGCUUUUGUCCUCAUCCAUGAAUCGACCAGCACAUGUAUGGAGAAAGUCUUGGAAGUAUUUAUCUGAUGGUAUACUUUACGAACAACGGUUGGUGGCAAGAAAUCAAGUGUCAAAUAAUAUUCAUACUGUCACAAUGCACCUAACUAUGAACAUGUCCCUGUAUUUGUUCCAAUAUGCAGGAAGCAAUGCAUCUAACUAUGAACAUGUCCCUGAAUUGACACUUACCGACGACGAACUUCAACAGCUGACUUUGAUGGCUAUUGAAACACUAUUGCAAAAUAACAACAAAACAUUGAAAGACUAUAAGCCAAUGCCAUAUCCGAAAGAUUAUGUUGUUUCCUUCUCGGGUAAUAGGCUUAUUUAUGAUGAGCGUCAAUAUGAUCCUAUUGCUCAACAACAGCUAUUUGCAACGUUAUACGGUUCUCUAACAGAUGAGCAAAGAAGCAUUUAUGAAGAGAUCAUGGAAGCUGUAGAGAAACAAAGAGGCGGCGUGUUCUUUUUAUAUGGAUACGGUGGGACCGGAAAGACUUUUAUGUGGAACACUUUAUCAGCGGCCCUUAGGUCUAAGAAAAAAAUUGUCUUGCCGGUUGCAUCAAGUGGGAUUGCAAGUUUGUUGUUACACGGUGGAAGAACUGCUCAUUCUCGGUUUAAGAUUCCAGUCCCAACUUUAGAUUCUUCUAUUUGCAACAUUAACAAAAACGAUGAUAUUGCUGGGCUUCUCAAAGUUACAGAUCUAAUAAUAUGGGAUGAGGCUCCUAUGGCUAACAAGUAUUGUUUUGAGGCACUUGACAAGUCAUUGAAAGAUAUUAUGAGUGGCACUACACAUGGUCAAGAUAAGAUAUUUGGAGGUAAGGUUGUUGUUUUUGGUGGUGACUUCAGGCAAAUUCUCCCCGUAGUACCAAGAGGUAUUAGAUCUGAUAUUAUUUAUGCAACAAUCAAUUCUUCAUAUAUCUGGGAUCAUUGUAAAGUCCUACAGCUCACAAAAAACACGCGGUUACAAAGUGGUGCAGCUACUUCUACAACAGAAGACAUUAGGGCAUUUUCUGAAUGGAUUCUACAAAUACGUGAUGGGACAAUGUGCGAGCCCAAUGACGGUUAUGCUGAUAUUUGUAUUCCCGAAGAGUUUCUAAUUGCAGAUUUUUCAGAUCCUAUUAAAGCUAUAGUAGAGGAUACAUACCCUGAUCUUAUUCAUAAUUAUCUUGACUCCAACUAUCUUCAAAGUCGUGCAAUUUUAGCAUCAACAAUUGAGGUGGUGGAUGAUAUCAACCAAUAUAUCACAACUCUUAUUCCAGGGGAGGAAAAAGAAUAUUUUAGCAGUGAUUCUAUUGACAAAUCUGAUGCAAAUAACUUUGAUGGAUACGAGCAUGUCACACCCGAGUUUCUUAAUGCACUCAAAACAUCUGGAUUGCCAAAUCAUUCUAUCAAGUUGAAAGUUGGUGCGACUAUCAUGCUAAUGCGCAACCUAGACCAAUCUGAAGGCCUGUGCAAUGGGACACGACUGACAGUGACUAGGCUUGCCAACCAUGUCAUUGAAGCUAAAAUCAUUUCAGGUAAAAAUGUUGGUAACAUCAAUUAUAUUCCAAGAAUGUCUUUGUCUCCUUCCCAAUCACCAUGGCCAUUUAAAUUGGUAAGGAGACAAUUUCCAAUUAUUGUCUCAUUUGCAAUGACAAUAAACAAGUCUCAAGGACAAUCUCUUGACCAUGUUGGGUUAUAUUUACCUAAAGAAGUAUUUAGCCAUGGUCAAUUGUAUCUGGCUAUCUCUAGAGUUAAAUCAAAAAAGGGUCUUAGGAUUCUUAUUCAUGACAAAGAUAAAGAAGUUUUGACUAUUACCACCAAUGUUGUGUUCAAGGAAGUAUUCCAGAACAUUAAUUAG